AUGUUUGCUUCGCUGAAGAACAAGAUAAAGGAGGAAACUGGUUCCGAGGUAGUGUGUAACACAGGAUUGACUCCUGGCAUAACGCCACAUCAGCGUUCGAUGAUUCAUUCCAACGCAACGAACAAUAACAAUCGCCUAAAAAGUCGUGUUUCCUCUUCUAUGAGCAUAACAUCCAAUGACGAUACGCAGAAUGAACAGAUUUCGGCACUACGACAAGAAAUUGCCAACUAUCAGACACGCCUACAACAUUUGCAAGAGGAAAAACUAAGGGUUGAGAAGACAAAUGAAAUCCUCUUGGAAACCGUCAAGGUAGCCCAAACACAAAAGGAUAUUUACUGUGAGGAGCAGGAGAAGAUACAAAACAUGCAACAGAGUGAAAUCGAUAAACUGCGCAAUUUGUUGUCAUUUCGCGAACAGGAGGCAGUCGAUCGUCUGAAUGCUAUGCGGCAACAUCAACAGCAAGUGGAAAAUUUAACCUCCGAAUUGGAAAGACUUAAACACUGUGAACCCCAAUUGGAGGAAAUUAAGGAUGAGUUACAACAACUAAUGCAUUCAUCACAACAAGAGAAAAAUAAUCUUACCAUCACAUUGGCGGCCAUCGAGGAGGAGAAUAGGCAUCUAAAAAUGCGUCUACAAAUUGUCGAACAGACUCGCUUGGAAGCUCUGGGCUCACUGGGCUCAGAUGAAAAGCUACAAACUCUAAUACAGGAACGUAAACACCUCGAACAACGUCUCGAAGAAGCCCAUCUACAAUUGUCCGACAUCAAAAGUUCAUGGAUGGGUCAAAAUUUGGCCCUGGAAACGCAAGUUAGCCGUUUGUCCAAACAAGUGGCCGAGGAAACCACCGAAAAACGUAAAAUCCUUAAACAAAAAGAUGACCUCAUUGAACGGGUCAAACAUUUGGAAUUCGAAUUACUUAAAAGUACGGAGGAAAUAAAACAAAGGGAUGAUAAGAUAAAACUUCUGGAAGAGGAGAUUGAUGAACUGAAUGCCGCCUUAAAGGAAUGUCGUGAAGAAAACGAACAACAGAUACUAUUCGAACGCAGUAAAGUUGAAUCGUUAGAAUUACAAAAUAAAGAGUUACAAAAUCGGCUAGAGGCAGCUGAUGAACGUUUCGGCGAAUAUGCAGCCAAUUCAGCAAAUGUUACACAAUCGCUGCGGCAACAAAUAGGCGAUUUACAAGCCCAGAUAACAGAAACCCAAAUGAUGUUGGAAACCGAAAAAGAAGAAAAACUAACAGCGCUGUUAAAAAAUGCCGAAAUUUCCCAGAGCGAAGAGUUGCUAAAGAAGGAACUGCGACAGGAACGAGACGAAGUAAACGAUAUACACGAACAAAAUAAGAAUUUGGAAUCCCAACUGAAAUCCAAAGAACAAAGUAUACAAGAAUUGCAAAAUAAACUUUCCUCUAAUGAUAAGAAACUAAAGGAAUUGGAUGAAAUGCAAAGGGAUAUAAUGGAAAAGAAUAAGACCAUUAAAGUUCUAAACCAGAGAGUGAAUGACUUGAAAAAAACAUUGCAGAAAGAAUUUGCUUCCGCCAAAGUUGUGGCCGGCGGUAGUGAAGAGUCCUCAAAUGAUGGCCGCAAGGAUGGCAAUCAACGUUGUCCCAACUGCAUUUCCUUAGAUCCAGCUACCGCUGCAGGUGGUAGUGUUGUAAUGGAUGAAGUUAAUUUCAAAUAUUUAAAACAUGUUAUAGUUAAGUUUCUAACAAGCCGAGAGGUUGAAGCCCGCCAUUUGAUAAGAGCUGUUGCCACGCUACUUAAACUAACAAAGGAAGAAGAAAAACUUUUACACGAUACACUAAAUUGGAAAAUGAGUUGGUUUGGCUCGAAACCCGAUCAUGGUCGUGGUCAGAGAGCCUUUUCCAUACCGCCUAGUUAAUAACGUUG